AAAGAGGAAGGAAGAAGAGAUUAUCUGGUUAGAGGAGUUGUUAUGUGGAAGCAUCUGAGAUACUUCAAGACUAUCAUUGAAUGCAUGUCAGAGCUAUUCUACUUCUAGAAAACAAAGCUCAUGAAAAUGUAAAUGACAGACUGCUGUGCAUAAACCAUGUGGACAGCUUAUACAAAAAGGAAUUUGCCUCAGAAGCCUCCGCAUACAGAUUAUAAAGAGACAAGUACGUUACCACCAAUUCACAACAUUUCACCGGAGAAUAGGACGAAUCCAUUCAGUUACUUGAACAGUCAAAGAUACUCCAGAAACCUCCAAGAACUAUUCUUCUCACCACAGAUUUCACAUGCACAGAAAUAUUUGUGCAAAGACAUGUGUUCAAAAUGGACUAGAAAACAAAGAUGUCAUUGGCAUUUACCAUAUAUGAAAGUAAAUGAAGAAACAGACUUGCAAAUUAGGACACACUUAAAACGCCACAUGUAUUUUUACCUCACUAAGAGUUCCAUCCAGGAAUCUGAGGGUAGAAGUCAAUCACACCUGAGAAAUCCGGAAAGAUUUCAUCUAAAGCCUGAAGUAAAAAUUACAGAGCAUGUCCAACAUAGCAAUGAAAUGUACAGUGCCUACCUGGAUGAAUACGUGGAAAGGGAUGCAGUUAAUUCAUUGACUGAAAAAGAAUUAAUUUCCAUAUUCAAGAAAGCAGAAUCUCAGAAAUCGAUGCUUGGAAACACCUGGCUCCUCCAAACGCAAACAAGGGAUGAAGUCAAUCACAUCGAAAACUCUGUGACUACUGAUGAAAAGAAAAUAAACAGAAGCAUGACAGGUCCAUCAGGUUCUCUUGUAUUAUCGAAUGUGAAUGAUUCAACAGAUAAAGAAGACAAAGCUGUUUUCUGUGGGCCCUCAUCUUUAACUACACCUAGUCUGCAAAUCCAGACUGAAAAACAAAAAUCCUUCAGUGCUCUAUUGCCGCAAAACCAAGAAAUAUCUAAAAAUAUGAUGUGUCAUCCAAACAGCCUUCCAGACAGCAAUACAAACAGAGCUGUACUUAGAGGAUUGAUCAAGUUGCCAUAUUUUUCCAAAAAGAAAAUCUUUAUGAUCUAUGUUUGUGGAGGAUAUCAAGAUUCAGAGGUUGAGAGAAAUGCAUUAAUGGAAAAGUCCUUUCCUUGGUUGUACAGCUAUUGCAAAAAGAGAGGUUAUGACUUCCGCAUGGUAGACCUGAGAUGGGGAAUAAAAGACGGAAUCAGUAAUGAUCACUGUGCAGCUUCCUUGCAUAUAAAGACAUUAAGGAAGUGCCAGAAAUUAGGAUUCCAAACCUUUGUGGUUUUCAUUGGGCAAAAGCACGAUGAUCCCUGUCUCCCAGAAAUGAUAAGCAAGGAACAUUUUGAGGCCAUUAAAGAUGCUAUUGAGCUGAGCAUGGAAAAAACAAUUCAGAUCUUGUCUGGUAGUCUGAAUACAGAAGUGCUAACGGGGGGAAAAGAUGACAUUCCAGGUGAAGUUCUCCAUGAUGUCCUGAGACUUGAUCUAUCAUCACCCAAAGAACAUGAAACUGAGAGUCCCAUCAAAGAGGAAUAUGAAGCAAUUGUGCAGGAUUUUGCUACUUCUUCUCCACCCACAGAGAAGACUGUAGAUGAAUAUGAGGAGGAACUUCAGCUUCUUGUUAAGUGGUACCGUCUGGAUGAAAAUUGCAUUCCUGCAAAUUAUAAACUUCAGCCUAUUUGCACUGUGUACAAAGACAUAUUUAGCAAGGAUCCUGCUUGCAGGCAAAAGGCUAAGAACAAAUGGUUGACAUCUUUUCAGAAUCUAUGCAAGAUAUUUCAAGAAUAUGCCCCAGUUGCUCUUGACCAAGAAGCUGCCACCACACUGCUCAAGACAGUACUGCAACAAGAAGUGGAUCAAGGAUUCCGGGUCCAAGGAUCUUGCGAAGAUCACUGCCACUGUUUCAAAAGAAACAUCACUGACCUGCAGCGUAACCUGUCAAGUAAGCAGGCAUCCAAAUACAUUGACAUUCACCCACAAGAACAACAAGUCAACAAAAGAAAGCAGGAUGCGCAUCAGGCCUUUAUGGAAAGCAUCCAUUCCAGGCUUCGUCACACAAAUAUUUAUACAAAGAAUAUUGUCUGGGGAAAAGAUGGAAUCAGUCCCGCAAGCAACAAAGCCCAUGCUUACUACAUUGAGCGUCUUUGCAAUAAUUUUCAGAAAAUUGUUAUCAACCAGUUCAACAGUUUCACCAGAAUAACUAGUUCAAAGAACUUUUGGGAAAGUCUACAUACAAGAAAGCAAGCAUUUGAAAUGCACAAUGAUGAAGAGAUUCUGGAACAUAUCCAACAUUGUCAGGCCUUGGUUAAAUGUAUGGUAGGCAGAGAAACAGUUUUGUCUGAGCUGAAGAAUCUUAUUACAUCUUCAAACAGAAGACUAACUGUAAUUUGUGGAGAAGCUGGAUGCGGGAAAAGUGCCCUCACAGCAAAGGCAGCUACCUUGGCUUCUAACUGGAUCUCUGGGAACCUCCGAGUGGUAAUUCGAUUUAUUGGCAUCACUGGUGAAAGCAGAAAUAUCCGACUGAUUCUCUUGAGUCUUUGCUAUCAGAUAGCAGAUAUUUACAACAUCUCUGUUAAUUUACCCAAGGAAUUUAAAGCACUGGUGGAAGAGUUUGUUUCCCUACUGGAAUUUGCUACAUCGGACAAACCCCUUCUAAUAUGCCUGGAUGGGAUAGAUGAAUUAUCGGAGGAAUAUGAUGCUAAUCUUUCUUGGAUACCUACUGAACUACCAAAGAAUCUGUAUUUUAUUGCUUCCACAUGCACCAAAUCAGGUGUUUCCCACUUACAGGAACUGGAGAAAAUAACAGUGAAAGAGAACAUUCUACAAGUGCCUCCUUUAACAUCCGGAGAAAUCAAUGAGAUUAUCACUUCCAGGUUAAAGAAGGAUUGCAGAAGACUCACUAGUCACCAAUAUACAUUUUUAACAAAGGCAUGUACAGCCUGCCCAUUGCCACUUUAUGUAUCCUGUGCUUAUGAGGAGUCCUGUUUAUGGGCAUCAUUCAGUCCAGAGACUGAGGUGUGUCUUCCUCAAAACAUACCUGACCUAUACACACAAAUUCUGAGCAGAAUGGAAAAAUUCCAUGGGGAACAAGUUAUGAAAAAGUUGGCAGCUUAUAUGACACUGUCAAGAAAUGGUAUAACACAGGAAGAGCUGCUUGAUCUUAUGUCAAUGGAUGAGGCAGUAAUUCAAGAAAUAGCUAAAUUCCAAAAUGUGUCUGUUUCAGCAUUCCCUCUAGUACUGUGGAUAAAGCUUUUGGAUGAUCUUGGAGUCCACCUGAAAGAGCGCAGAAGUGACAACACUUAUGUUUUCAGCUGGGCCCAUACUGCUCUCAAAAAUGUCUGCCUGGACAGAUACCUUAAAUCGCAGGAUUUCCAGCUUUCAGUACAUACUAUCUUUGCAGACUACUACCUUGGCAGGAUGUCACAGGUGCUCAGAAAAUAUAGUGAAGUGUCUACAUUUCAGCCUUUAGCAUGGGUUUUGAAAAAUGAAACACAAAUUAACUACAUAUUCAACAAGAGAAAACUCCUUGGGAUUCCAUAUCACCUCAUCAAAUCAAAUAACAGUAUUGUUCUAAUCAAAGAAUGUCUAUUUGAUUAUGAGUUUCUGUUUCACAAGUCCCAGGCUUUAUCAAUUAUCAGCGUAGAAGAGGAUCUCAAAGCAGCCAUCAGCGCAGAAAGAACUAUUCCUGAUUUAACCUUAUUAAGUGAAGUACUAAAACUAUCGAGGAAAGUUUUGGUUCGAGAUCCAUGUCAGAUGGCUUCACAGUUUAUAGGUCGCCUCCAUCAGAUUGUGGCAGCGGAUAAGCCAGUCGCUCCAGGUGAUCCCAAAAAAUAUCUCUAUCUGCCAGUCCUUUUGUCUCAGUGCCUGAAGUCUUCCAUUCCUGUCCUUGUACCUUCAACAUCUUGUCUGAUACCACCUGGUGGACUUCUUUGUGAUUAUUUGACAGGUCAUCUAGACAAAAUUACAGCAAUCGCAGAAACCCAGAAACAAUUCAUAGUUGCAACAGCCUCUUGCGAUGGGACUUUGAAAUUGUGGGAUUUGCAGGUUGGCAAAGCCAUCUUUACUCUGCACGGUGCUGGAGAGAAUAUCAGUGCUAUUGCUGUUUGUUUGGAGAACAGAUUGGUGGCUGUGUCUGACAAGACCACCAUUAAAAUCUGGGAUCUUUCUUCCAAAAGAGUAAUAUAUACAGCCAGUGAAUUUUUAGAUACUCCAGUAUUAACAUCUGCAAUGAAUGGACAGCUCCUGCUGGUUUUCUUUAGUGGCAACUACAUGGUUCAGGUUUUUGAUCUAACAUGUUCAUGCCAACUGGUCCACCAAGGAUUCCUUUCGACAGAAGAAGUACCCAUCCACAAGAACCGUUCUAUACUGGUAUCAAAGAAUUCAGUGAAAGACUAUGUUCUCUGUGCCUAUAGGAGUGGAAAUGAAGCAAUGGUCUUCAGUGGCAAAAAGGGCAAAGUAGUUGCUAAGCUGAAAAGCCAAGAGCCAAUGGCAGUAAUUGAGGAUGUGGCUGUAACUAAGGAAUACUUCCUGGUAAUAUUCAGGUGUCCCUUUAUGAGACAGCAUGAGAUUGUACAUAUAGAACUCUAUGAUGUCCGCAACUUUGCCUAUGCUCACAGUCUGAAGGGAUGCUGCAAUGACUAUAUUCACAUUUUUGCUGUGACUCAUCUGGGCUCUCACCUAAUAGCAUUCAGUCCCAUCCCAAACACCAAUACCACUGAGAUACUAUCAUGGAACCUGGAGUCUGAAGACCACAAACAUUUGGCUAAAUUUUCUUCAAUCCCGGUUGGUGGUGUAUGUUCUGAUCUCCGAUACUGUUUAGCAUUUUGUGAUGGAGAAAAUUAUUUUAAAGUAUGGAACUUGGCUGCAAAGAUCAAUGACCCAUCCUUGAUAGCCACAAUAAGCAAAGGAAAGAAAACAAGUGGCAUCCAGAAUAUUGUUACCAUGGAGAACUAUCCCAGGUAUGCUGUGUGCCAAAAUAUGAGUCCAGGAGCCAUAACGGUAUGGAACAUUGUGAAAUCAAAAUGUAAACGCAAUGCGGUUAGAGUGGAGAAGGGGCUGAUAGAAAACACGGAUGUCGUGCUGGUGAGAGACAUGAAACUUUUUGUCCUGACAGACAAAGGAAUGGCCUCCUUUGCAGACCCUCCCAAACCCAUUUUUCAGACUCUGUUAAUUUAUGAUCUCCUGAAGAAGAAGUACAUAAAGAAGCUGACAGGCCUUUACAUCAUUCCCUGCCAAAACAAUGAGUACAAGAUCCUUGAAGGAGGCCUUCUGCUUGGUCUCUCAGAGAACAGAGACCAUUUUAUCACUUGGAAUUUGGAAACUGGAUUAAUUAAAGAUCGAAUAAGACCAGAAUACAAGGAAAAAUUCUCCUUCCAAGCUGCCCAACAUCAUGCCUUGUCCAAAGAAAACACGAAACUAUACAAAGAAUUCUUGUCUAAAGAAAUAACAGUGGGAUUACGUCCUCCAUGGGAAAGACGAAAUGAAACUAAAAGUGGAAAGAGAAGACAAUGGGAAAAGUCAGUGAAAGUGGAAAUGGAGAAGAUGCAGAAGCUUGUGAAUGAGAAGAGCAAUGCUAUUGACCAGUAUCUCCUGAGUGGAGACCAAAAGGUGGCUGUUUGUUCCUACUAUGCACAUCACCUGUCAGUGUUCAGCUUGGAAAGCAUGUCCCACGUCCAAACGAUGGAGAGCAGAGAUUCCAUGCUUUUCUUACACUGUGCUGCCAUAACCUAUGAUGGUCUUUACCUGGUACUCACCAAUUAUAGUGAAGAGGAGAAAAUCAGCUAUGUGACAUUGUGGAAUUUGAAGUCUGGAAAGGUUCAGAAAAGAUUACAAAAUGAGCCAAAUGUCUGUUGCAUAGCCAUUACUGAUGAUGCAAGUAGAAUAAUAUUUGGAGUGAUGGUGGAAAACAGGAUUAAGAUUUGGGAUCCAUUUAAGCACAGGCACAAGUUAAUUCAAGGUUAUGAAAGUCUCCAUCUGACUGUGAGCAGUAAAUUACACAUAUUAGAAAGGACAAAGGCAAUCCUGCUUGCAGUUGUAUCCAUCAGGGAAAUAUGCCAUAUUUUACAAACCCAUAAAUCUGUUUUAGGUGAAGUCAGCCUCUGGGAUUUGGAAAGUGGCACACUUAUAUCCAUCUUUACACCAGACAGCAAGAUCUCCUGCCUAACUGUUGCCUUUGACAGACAGACAGUACUUUUAGGCUUGAGUGACAGCUUGGCUCUGAUCACUUUGAAGAUAUUGAGCAUCACCUGUGCUGGAAGUUCAACAGGAAAAGAUUUAUUUGGAGAAGAAUCUACAAGCAGUGAAGAAGAGCCCGAAGUUAGUUAAGGAAACCAUUCUGAAAAGAAGACCAUACGCCAAGUAUAGAAGCUGAAGAUGCAAGUAUUGCAAAAAGGCUUUUAAAAGAUUUGGAAAUUACUGUCACUAAUGUGACAAAUGAAAAUUAAUUUAAAUUCUAUUAACUAGCAAAAUUAAAUAGAAAGUUCCUUCUAUUGUUUGUAAUUCUAGCUCCCCGAGAUGUUCACUCCAUAUGUCUGAUGAAGCAAGCUCUGACUCAAAACAUAUUCCUUGCAUAAAAGCAUCAGCAUAAAGAGCAGCCUUGCACUCCAUAGUGUGAAUAAGCUGUGCAGCACAGUGAACAUGUUUGUACACAGCAUAUAUAAGACAAAGGAUACUGGAGAUCAGGUGGUUGAUUUUUUCUGAAGUAUGCCAGUUUAAAAAAAAAUUAAGAUGAAAUAUGCAUGGACUCAUCUUGGACCCACCUGCCUUGUUUUCAUUUCUGUAUGAUACAAUCAAAUGACAACUGUUUGAGAUGCUAGUUUAGUUUGAUUUGGCAGUUUGACACUGAGGUGAAAUUGUACUUGGUGAUAGGUCAUUCAUAGCAUUGCUCUUUGCAAGCUGUUAAGCAAGCUUUAAUAAAAGGGUUCAAUCAGGAUCACAGCACGAAAUGCAUUCAGUAUUUUAAUUACAUUUAUUGAUAGAAAAAGAGUGGGGAUGGAGAGAUAGUUGAGAUGCAACUGCUAAAGAAACCUAAAGGGUUUCUUUUAAAAAAAACCUGGUUUAAACUGAAAUCCAGCAUGAUACAUAAACAGAGAGGAAUACAGAAGAGGAGCUCUA